GCUCAGAGGCGUGAGUCGGCGCGACCGGGGCGGCAGAGAGAAAAGGACCCGGAUGCCGGGGCUAUGGAGUUCCCCUUCGACGUGGACGCGCUCUUCGCGGAGCGCAUUACGACGGUGGAUCAACACUUGCGGCCGUCGGGCCGGAGGGGGGCCCACAGGGUGGAUCAUCAGCAGGAGCUCAUGAGGAUCAUAGAUGAGAUGGGCAGGGCCUCUGCCAAGGCCCAGAAUCUGCCAACGCCAAUCACCAGCGCUUCACGGAUGCAAACCAACCGCCAUGUUCUCUACAUUCUGAAGGACAGUGAAGCAAAAACGGCCGGGAAAGGAGUCAUAAUUGGCUUCCUCAAGGUGGGAUACAAGAAACUCUUUGUACUGGACCGCCACGGAGCUCACAAUGAAGUGGAACCACUGUGCGUAUUGGACUUUUAUAUCCAUGAGUCCCUCCAGAGGCAUGGCUAUGGCAAGGAGCUCUUCCAUUACAUGUUGCAGCAAGAGCGAGUGGAGCCUCACAAACUGGCUGUGGAUCGCCCCUCAGAGAAGCUGCUCUGCUUCCUCCGGAAACACUAUAAUCUUUGUGACACUAUUCCCCAGGUGAACAACUUUGUGAUUUUCCAGGGCUUUUUCAGCCACCACCAUGCUCCAAUGAGAAAGUUGCCUGCAAAGCGUCAAGAGGGGGAUAUAAAACCAUAUUCUUCAACAGAUCGAGAGUUCCUGAAGCAAGAAGUUGAACCACCCUGGCCCUUCAACCAGUCUCGCUCAUUGACCCGCUCCAGCAGUCUGGGGAACUCGCCAGUGCGAAGCUGCCUCAAGCCUUUCCUCAACGAGCAGGAGCUGCUGAAGAACUUGCGCCUCUGCCCGCCCCACUCAACUGCCCACCUUCUGAUGAAUGGUGAGCCCGGAGACCCAGCUUCACAGAGGCGGAGAACCAGCUCCCUGAAUCGUGCUGAAAACAGCCAUUGAUCGCCGGUCUCUGCUGUGUCUACCCAGCCGUUGGGCCUCCACUUGUGUCCUUGAGUUCUUUCUAGCAGCGAAAAAUUGGUUUUACAUCCAAUUUCCUCAUCCCUUCCUUUUUAUAAGCUUUAUGGGUAGAACCUGUAAGGAUGUGGGUUUAUUUAUAUUGUGUGUAUGUGUGUGUUUGGUCUUCAAUUUUUUAAUGCCAAGAUUCCGGAACGCCCUUAAGGAAAGGAACCUAGCUGCGUUUUUCAAAGCUGGGCUUUAACAAAAUUCAAAUUAUUUAUUAAGUUGGGCUUCAGCUCCAAAGCGGUGAGAGCUUACAGCUGGGAAAGUAUUGGUGUCCCAAGUAUACACUCUUUGACACUGUGGUCUGCUGCCUGUCGCCAUAUAGACCUGUCAGCCGUCUGUUGUGACCUGCCAAUCAUGGAUCCAAAGAAGACAAUGCAAGUUUACUGUAAAUUAUCACUUAGUUCUGUAAGAUUUCACUUUUGAAAAAACUGGCCACAUAGAUUAAAUGAGUAGUCGUCGGACUGGUGACAAAACGUAACACUGUCAGGACUGGAUGUAUUAUUAGAUGGGAUGAGAUCACCCACCUCAGAUGGCAGAUUUUACUUUACUAUUAAAAACAAGCAAAUUAUUGAAAUGGUUAAUAUAGUCUUACCACCAUGAGGCAGGUACGGUUUUGGAUUUACAGUGUUAGGCGCCACCUGGCCAGCCGCCUGUGAGUUUUAGAUUGGUAAGAGACAGUUUAACUUCAGAGCCUCGUAAAGAGGCAUCAACCUGUGGUGCGGACACAUCCUGCUGUUAUCUCUGAUAAACAGAGUUUGCGUUAUUAUUAUUAUUAUUAUUAUUAUUAUUAUUAUUAUUAUUAUUAUUUCUUGUAGGGCUUCAAAAGCCUGUUUCCUUUUAUGUGGGAUACACUGCUUUUAGCAGAGCCCAAGUCAGAGGAGCUGUUCUGGCAGCCUCAUAUUAUUAAAAUUGGGGCCCGUGAUAUUUCUCCUGCACGUUUGGCUAGUCAGUAGGAAUCCCUUCCACUUUCAUUGUGGAUUUUGACAAAGUGCUCUGAUCCCUGAAAAACGUACGGUAUAGCGUGUUAGUUUUAGUUUUUCCCCCAGUUGUGGCCAGGCUCCCUGUUGCGUUUGGUGUGUUUUGUAUCCAUGUGCUGUGAAUGGCAGAGGCUGAUAUAUGGACAGGCCGGAAGGACGAUUUAACUAUAACAGUGAUAGAUGGGCAGGCUAGGAGCUGCUGUAAACUUACUUGCAAGGCUGAACUAGUGGGCAGGCAUUAGGGGUCUCUAUGAAACCCCUAUAAACUCCCUUUUCUGCCCUCACACACCCCCACGCAUAGUCCCUUACUCUGAAGGAAUGCCCUUUUUUCUCCCUCGCCCUUGCCGUUAUGCACCUCAGCCACUUUCUAGAUACCUGUUACCCUUACCUUGGAGGAAGUGGCUGAGACAUCAAAUUAGGCUACAGUGUGUUCUGUUUUAAGGUAUAUAUAGGAGGAACAAAUCGGGCGGCCUUGUACCGAGCCAGACCAUUGGUCCAUCUGGCCCAGUGCAGUCUAAUUUGACUGGCAGAAAGGAGUUUUUCCUGCUUUCUGAAACCCUUGUCCUGGAGAUGCCAGGUUGGAGGUGGGGAUAUUGCUGGACUCCUAACUCCAUUAUCCCUGAUCGUUGGCCAUAUCUGCUCUAGGGCUUGUGGGUGAUGGGAGCCCGACAACAUCUGGAGGUGCCACAGCUUCCCCACCAUAAGAGCACAAGAAGAGCCUGCUGGAUCAGGCCAAUGGCCCAUCUAGUCCAGCAACCUGUUCUCACAGUGGCCAACCAGAUGGCUGUGGGAAACCCACAUGCAGGACCCGAACACUCAUGUAGUUUCCAGCAAUUGGUAUUCAGAAGGAUUGUGCCUGGGAGCGUCUGUCUGCCUACAAAGCUGGGGCUCUGCUUUUUCAGAGUAGGCCUGGGAAAGUUUCCAUGAUGCAUCCCUCUAAAGCAGAGUUGGGCCCAGCAAAGACCACAGCUAUUCUUGGCGAAAUCCACCUAGUUCUCCUUCAGUAUCUCCUCCUCUCCCCCUGCCACCCCCCAAAUUAACUCCUAAUGGAGUUGCGACUGUAGCCAAAGGUACUUAUUGAGCUUCCAUUUAGUGUAGUUAUGGUGGAAACGUGAGAACCACAAUCGUGUUUCCACGUAACCCAGCUUCCAUAGAACACAACACUGGCAGUGGUUUCACCCUCUUUGCCAAAUUUUAAGAGAGAGGAAGCAAGAAGCUGAUUUGCCUGCCUUGUCCACCUCCCUGCAUUCUCCCAUCUUCCUCCACUUUGUGAUUUGCCAACUGUGUGUUGCCUUCAGACAUUAUUGUGUCUAUAGCAUGUUCUUCCCUGAAUUCCUUUCAGAAUGUCACCCCUGAGGCUGCUGAUGUGUUUGGGAUGUAGCGUAGAAGGACCUGGCUUUGGUGACAAAACCUACAGUGGUUGCCCCUGUCUUCACAAAGCAGGAGAGAGACCCUUACAGGGCUGUAAAAUGGAUACCUCAGCUUGAGAAGCAGAAGCUCUGGCCUUUAUUUUCAGACUUGGGAGUGGAGAUGGACAGGUUUAGAGCAUGAGAAGUGGGGAACUAGAAGUCCCUAGAAUGAGAGUUGGGUCUUGCGUGCCUCAGAGGGGGGGGAUUGGUCUCCAGCAGCAAGAAACUGAAAGGUGUUGGGCAUGCCAGCCAGAGAAUUACUAUGCCAGAGAAGCAAGUGAACAUAUAUUGAGGAUAAAAGUGCCAAGGUAGCCUAAACUCUUGUGCCAGGGAAAGGAGCAACUUGUUUUAGCAACUUGCAAAUGAGGUUGCGUAAAGGUAAAGGGACCCCUGACCAUUAGGUCCAGUCGUGACCGACUCUGGGGUUGCGGCGCUCAUCUCACAUUAUUGGCCAAGGGAGCUGGCGUACAGCUUCCAGGUCAUGUGGCCAGCAUGAGUAAACUGCUUCCGGCGAACCAGAGCAGCACAUGGAAAUGCUGUUUACCUUCCCGCUGUAGCGGUACCUAUUUAUCUACUUGCACUUUGACGUGCUUUCAAACUGCUAGGUUGGCAGGAUUAGCUAUUGUAAUUUAGAUGUUUACUUAACCAGUAGGUGUAGUAAUAAUAUAAGGAGCAAGGGAACUAUAUAGAGCUCAUGUGGUGUGAUGGAUGGGGUGUUGGACUAGAAUGGGGAAGACUUGGAUUCAGAUCCGCACUCAGCCCUGAUGCUUACUGGGUGACCUUACCCCCCCCUUUCCCUCUCUGUGCCUAACCUACCUCACAGGGUUGUUGUGAGGAUAAAAUGGGGGCGGAGAUACAGAUGUCAUAUGUGCUUGCCUGAGCGGUUUGGCGAAAGGGCAGGAUAAAAAUGUGGCCAUGAUUAAAAUUCAGGGGCAAUGAAACUCUGCCUUUUCCCUUCGGACUCUCCUCAGGCUUCUGAGCUUUGAAAUCAUGGCAUUGCCUGAUUUCAAAUCUGUCAUCACACGCAGGCUCACAGAUUUAAUGAAAAUUCAUGAGACUUGGGAUGCUACCAUCAGAGCCCAAUACUAUAUUCCUCAUGUGCGCUGAAAUGGCAGAACUGUAAAGUGCCACACGCAGUCCGGCAUACGGCAUCCUCAUUUAUGCAGUUUGUUUUGUGCUCCUGUGACACCACAUCGAAAGAGAGGAGACUGCAGAGGCCAGAGACGGGUAGGUUGAAGCACUGCCCGCUGAAUGUGCCAAUGGUCGCCACCCUUUGUGGUCCGCCAGUUGUAUCGUGGCAGUGUGGGCUGCCCUCGUAUGUGCAUAGGUUGUGCCAUCAAGUAGCUUGGGCUCGGCUGUAACAGGAGACCACUUUGCUUAACAACGUAGGAACUGCCUUGCUGCAUUGCUCCACCUAAUCUUGCACUUGGUUUCAAACAGCAGCCAGCUAGUUGCUUCCAGGAGGUUUAUAAGAAGAUAAUGCAGGAGAUGGUUUUCCUGCUACUCUUUGUCCUCCGUAACUGGUACUUGGUGUCAUUCUUGCAGUUCUGUUUUAGUUUAGCAUUUCUAAUAGCUUACGAUACUCCUAUCCUCUAUGGCUAAAUCUAAUCUGUUCUCUCUUUUUUUAAAAAAACAACAACCUAGUGGCUAUCUAGUUCUUCGAGUAUUUGGCUUGUGCUGCUUGUGCUGCUUUUAAAUUUGACUCUUAACAACUUAGACCAGGCCCCUGAAUGAUACUGAGCUUCACCAGCGAAUUUGCUAUAAAUGUCAGGGCUGGCCAGUGCUACCACUAGGCAAAGGGAAGCAGCUGCCUCAGGUGGCAAAAGCUGAGAGGUGACGAGUGGCAGGGAAGGGCUGAAGAAUAGAGCUGCAUGUGCCAAGUGGUCUGCUAAUCUCUGCUGUGGAUGCUGUCCCGUCCCAAGUGUUAAGUAAGAUUCAUGUAGAAAAAGGUGGGGGUUACGAUGAGCUUGAGGCAUCAAAUGUAUUGGGGCAGCCUUGAUAAUUUUGCAGUGGUCCAGGGCUUGCUUUUAGCCGGAACUCAGUUCUGGCACCUCUCAGGUGAGCGCCAUUGGCAUUAUAAGAGAACAAGGGAGGUAUUCAUGGUGAGUUCCAGCACCUCUUUUUCUAGAAAAAUAGCAUUGGCUAGGUCUGUCACUGACAGCCUUUAUGGUUUUAAACAGGCAUAGGCAAACUUGGCCCUCCAGGUGUUUUGGAACUACAAUUCCCAUUAUCCCUGACCACUGGUCCUGUUAGCUAGGGAUCAUGGGAGCUGUAGUCCCAAAACAUCUGGAGGGCUGAGUUUGCCUAUGCCUGGUUUUAAAAAGGGGGCCCUCUGAAGUUCAUACACAAUAGGUUAUAUCCAGCUAAGCUCUACACAGAGUAAACUCAUUGAAAUUUAGGAACCUAAAUUAGUCAUGUCUGUUAACUUCAGUAGGUCAACUCUUGAGUAGGACUAGCCUUGGGUACAUCUCAGUAUUGCUCUGUUCUCUAGAUGUUGAGGCCAGAUGGGGGAAUGGCUUUUUUCACCAUGCCUGUUGGAAGCAUUUUUCUCUGGGAGCAUCCAGUUGAACGCUGUGACAGACCUUUGGACAGACCUAGCAUAGCCAGUUCUUGCGUCUUAUAGCACAUCCCCAGAUGCCAUCUUUAAAGCCCACCCUUCUCAACCCAAUAUUGCUAACUGGGGGGGGGAGUGAAGCUGAGUGAGAGAUGAUGUCUGUGGACAAGGCAGAAGUUUGCUUAGCAUCUUAAGCUUUUCUCUAGAAUGAAGCUCAUGGGCCCAAGUAAUGUCCCUUAUUCCUGGACACAAUGGACUUCAAAAGCUGCUCGGAUGUGGGGAACUCCCAACAUUGCCCCCCCCAUCUCUUUAAAUUCAGAUUUGGCUGCUUGAGAAGCACUGCUCUUUGAGGCUUGCCUUUCCCAACCCCUUUCUCUUCUUAUCAAAGCACCUGAGACUCUGAACUGCCUUUGGCUGUUGGUGUCUGGCAUGGAAAAUACAAAACCUUUUGUUUACAUUUCAAUAAAGUUUGAUUUUUUUUUUUAAAGUUUCAAUGCGUGUGGUCUUGUCUUUUUUGUUCCGCAUCUGCUGGCUUCUGGAAUAACUUGCAAAUCCUCUCCUUUCCCUUUCCAGGAAUUGGUGUAAUAUAGUAGGCAAAUAGAGCACUGACACUGAACCCUGGAAACCUUGGUUCAAACCUCUCCUUUGCCUUGUGCAGAUUGCUUGCCCCUCUUGAGUUAACCUACCUUAUACAGGGUUGGGGUAAUGAAUCCAUGUAGGGGCGGAGGGUUGAUAUAAAGUAACGUCGUCCAAGUACAAGGGAAAGUACAUUGCAAUGUUGCUCACUUCUGCCCUCCAGGUACAACCUUCUGCAAUAUAAUUCCUUUUGAAUGGGGGGGUGGGACUGUGCCCCACUGGAUGGAUUUCAUUCUGUGCAUCCUUUCCCCGUGGGACAUCCUUGUCCCAUUGUAUCCUUGCUUGCUGUUCCUGCCCUACCUGCUGCUUUCUGCUGCCGCCGCUUCAUCUCCACCCUCCCGCUUGUCUUCCCCCUCCUGCCCUCCAGGACAGGCACUCUAAAGGACAGCCUCAUGGCUCAGAGGUCUUCUUACAGCCGCUUCAAGAACUCUGCCCCAGCCGUGGAGCAUUCCGAUAAAAGAGCAAGUAAGUGACCGCUGGAGGCAUAGGAGACAUUCCCAGAUCUAUAGCCAGCUUUUUCUCAAGGGACUGGGUAGUGGGACAAAUACCGUUGUACCUUGGAUCCUGAACGCCUUGGUACUCGGACAUUUUGGGUCCUGAAUGCCGCAAACCUGGAAGUGAGUGUUCCGGUUUGCAAACAUUCUUUGGAACCCAAACGUCCAACGCAGCUUCUGAUUGGCUGCGGGAGCUUCCCGCAGCCAAUCGGAAUCCGCGCCUUGGUUUCCGAACUUCUUGGAAGUCGAACGGACUUCUGAAAUGGAUUCUAUUGGACUUCUGAGGUACCACUGUACAGGUUAACUGUUUCAGCGGAUCCAGAGAACCUUUGGCCCCCUCUGAAUGUUGCUGAACUGCAGCUCCCAUCAGCCCCAGCAAGCAUAGCCAAGGAUGAUGGGAGCUGUAGUUCAACAAUGUCUGGAGGGCCAAAGGUUCCCCCACACUUGCAUUACAGCACUGGGAUCCUAGCCCAUAAAGGACUCCCCCAGGUUGCAAUCUUUACUGCAUUUACCUGGAAGUCGGCCCCACUGAAUUCCAUAGGAGCUACUUCUGAGUAGGCAUAGUUAGGAUUGCGCUGUUCACGGUGAACGUUUCUAUAGCACCUCUACAGUGCUUAUUUAAUGUUAUGCCUCAUUAUUAUUUGCUCUAAAGUGCUACAAGUUUUCUCAGCCCUGCGCAGGUAUUAACAGGUAACAGUCCCUGUCUGCAGGCUCACGAUUUAUGAGAGACAGUACAAAAAGCAAGCAUUGAACCUGUCUGAUACUGAGUUAGAUUCUUGGUCCACCUAGCCCUGUGCUGUCUCUGGCAGGAGAUCUUUUUCCAGCCCUCCGACCUGGAUCCUUUAACGGAAGAUUUCAAGGAUUGACCCUGGAACUUUAAUAUACCCAAAGGAUGUGUUUUGUAAAUUGUACUAGGCUACAUAGACAAAUAGUCUGGUCUGUUUGUAAGGCAGAUUCCUAUGUUCCUAUUGGACAAAAAACAACACUGCCCUAGAUGUUUCUUUAAAAAAGAAAAACCCAAGCUGUGGUUCCCAGGAUUUUUGAAUUAGGUCCUUGAUAUCAAAUUCUGGCCUUGUGCAAAAGCAGUCUCAACCAUGUGGAACAGAUUAAUUGACGAAGCUCUGAUUGGUUUCUUUCUAGCUAUUACUUGCUGAUGUUUGAGAGAUUUCUGCCUAAGGGCUAGUUUUAAUAUAGUGUGCCUGCCUUCCAGUAUGAAGAAUUUGGGAGGGGAUGGUGGCGGUGGCGGGGUAUUGUCAUGUCUGUACUACUGAAAUGCUGCAUUUGUCUGGUUUCUUCCUACCUCUCUAGAUGACUUAGAGGACAACCUCAGCUCACCCAGAAAGCUUCAGGAAUCAGAUAGGUACUUCUUGUUACUUCCCUAUCCCAUGACUUUUGUUGCAAUAAAACAACUGAAGGCACCAAAAGCUAUUCUGGUUUGGUAUUUUACUAGGUGCAGGACCGUCUAACCAAACACACCUAUGUAAUUCAGCCUGCAGCAGCACUGCAAGUAUAUUACAGUUCCUCCUGGUGGCACAGUCCCACUUGGUAUUGUUUACAUAGACUGGCAGUGGUUCAGGGAUUUCUCCCACUCCCAGUGGUACCUGCAGGGGCUGAGGAUUGAACCGGAGACCUUCUGCGUGCAAAGCAGAUGCUCUACCACUGAGCUAUAGCUCUUCCCCACCCGCAGGAGAGAACAAUCUCAAUCCCUGUAGGGAAAUUAUCUUAUUUCUUUCCCUCCAAACACAGUAGCCACUUUUUCUCCCUCCUUCACUGCUAGGAAUCUUCCAGUUGUUCGCUGUGAAUGUAAAUAAAUCAAAUCCCUUAAUUUCAGUGGGUCUACUCUGAGUGCGAUUUAGUUAGAUAUUGCCCAAAUACUUUUCUGCUUCUUAAAGGCAACAGUGGCUAAUGAAGGCUCUGAAUAGGAUGGCAAUAUCAAAUUUGCCAUCUAGACUGGAAGUUCAAAUUUGAUUGUUGUUGUUUAGUCGUAUAGUUGUGUCUGACUCUUUGUGACCCCAUGGGCCGGGCGUGCUCUGGUCCAUGGGGUCAGGAAGAGUCGGACAUGACUAAACGACUAAACAACAACAGCAAUCAAAUUUGUACUUCCAGUCUAGAUGAAUUGCUUUAAAAGGAUUGUGUAAAAACUGAACAUCACCACCAUUAGCCUUUGGAUCAUGUCAUAUGAUUUAUUUAUUUUCAAAGUUUUUAUUUAUACUUUUCAAGCUUAUACAUUUCAUUAGUUUUACAAUCAAUUUAACAUUUCAAACUUACUUCCCCCUCUUUCUGUGGUUCCUUAAAUUUAUUUUUAAAUAUUUUCUGCAUAUCAUUUAAUUUUCUCCUUCAAUUAUCUACUUUAAAUAUAUCCUCUUAUGAAACUGCAGGUUAUUACAAUAACUCUGACAAUGUUUUUAUCUGUUUGCAAUUUAAUCUGUAAAUAUUCAACAAACCAUUUCUGUUCUUUUAUUAAAAAAAAGUUUGUUAUCUUGAUUUCUUAUUCUUCGGUAAAGGUAAAGGGACCCCUGACAAUCAAGUCCAGUCGCGAACAACUCUGGGGUUGCGGUGCUCAGCUUGCUUUAAAGGCCGAGGGAGCCAGCGUUUGUCUGCUUCUGCAGACAGUUUUCCGGGUCAUGUGGCCAGCAUGACUAAGCCGCUUCUGGUGAAACCAGAGCAGCACAGGGAAACA